AUGCACCGACACUCUAUGCCCUGCAACGUGGCCAGUGUGUUUGUCCUGAUCCUGCAUAAAAGCGGGCAGCCGGGAUGGGGGAAAACACGGAGCGGCAGCCGGUGGAGCCCGAAAGCAUGCGUGGCUGUAUUUUCGGUAGCGGAGCCCCAGCCGGAGCUGCCAAGGGCUCCCCUAGCAGCCCCAGGGGAGGACAAGCCGCUGCCCUGUGGCAGUUGCCAGCCUUCCCAUCACAUCCGUAGACACUGGUUCUGCUCCUCCGGCCCCACCAAAUACAGAGGAGAGGGAGACAACAGAUACCAGCAAAGCAUUCCUAAAACACGAUGUGCUACACAAGUUCCCAGUAGCGACAGACGCCUAAAGGAGCCUGUUUGUGUGCUGUGGCCACGUUCUGCUGUGACUGGAUCUUGUCUUCUGCCUGGCUCCUUGAUUUCCGUCCGGCUGGAUUUGGGGACAACACUGCCUGGCGCAGACAGAUCAAAUGACACUUCAAAGAAGCAUAAAAUGAACAGACUAUUCAAUCAAACAAAGACCUGGGCAGCAGUACGCCAGCAAGAGGGCAUGUUCUGCCCGCCUAGAAGUCCUAAGAAAUCGAGGAUCUCCCCUAAAACAUUCACAUACAAGAUACGUGCAAUCAAGCUGCCUGCACUUGGUAAAAAGAUCAUGAUGCCUAACCCAAUGAUCCGGAGCAGAUCUUUGAAUCAGCUGUCACUUCUAUAGAAUGGGAUUUCCCCCUUCUUCCUCUUUAACCACGUUGGAAACUGCCGAUGGUUUUAUACCUCUCAGUAGAGGAAGGCUAAAGAAUCUUACGUGAGAAUGAAGCAAUUUACAAUGCAAAUAGAGGCCUGUGAAGAGAAGGACGCUGCUGCUCACCCCCAACAGCUUGCUGCACCUUAGUCGCUGGUCUUAUUUUCUGAUACUAAUAGAUGAAUUGUUGGCUAACUAUGCUGGAGAUUAUUUGCUGGAAGGGGAAAAAAGUUUGGAAUAAACUCUGAAUGCAACAGAUCUCAUUUGGAUGUUCUAGCCGCACACACUCAGACAGAAACCAGGUCCUGCUUACAUGAAAGGAGAAGCUUAAACCGCGGCAAGUAUCCCGGAGGACUACGCUUCCCUAAAGCCAAAGAGGAUCGGGGUCUGGAGUCCAGCCAGAGGAAGACAGCCUUGUGAGGGAAGCGAGUUGUUAUCUUUGGUUAUCUAGCUGUAUGAGUGUAUUGGUCUUCAUAAAGCUAGAUAACCGAAAGUAAAAACUCCUUCAAGAUCGCCGAGGAGCGUUCCGGAAAGAAAGACUGCAACCAAGAGACAGUAUAAACCAGAAAGGUCAGGAAUGCUUAUUGAAUCUAACUUUUUUUUAUCUUAUGAUUGAAAGUGGGAUGCAAGGAAAUUAAGUGACACACAUAUUGAAAGGGGUCAGGCUUUGAGGGGGUUGUACAACUGGAGAGGAGAAUUGUGUAGUGUUUUUAAUGGGUGAAGAUGCAUGUAUUUUCUAUAUUGUUCAUUUUGAAGCAAACGUUUACAUAUGAGGUUUUUUUUUUCUUAGAAAGCUGUUAUAGCGAUGUCUGGUACCUCGUUUAAAAAUGAUUUCAUAAUUAUGUAGAUUUGGGCUGUUCCUAUCUGAGGCCCCUCCCCCAAGUUUGAAGCUUGUGCCUGGAAACUUUCUAUGUAUUUGGGUGUGUACAUCAAAUUCUGUGAAGUUAGACUUUCAGUAAAGCUUAUACUGGAAGGUUAAUAAUUUAUAUCUACCAGAGGACUUAGAGCUAGCAGGGAAAAGGGGUGGGGGCAAAGGCUGAUUUUUAUUCUUCUAUUCAAAAUACAAGGACAGAUGCUUCUCUGUUCCAAGAGGGUUUCCUUGAGGAAGCUACUGAAGCAGAAAGACAUGAUGGAGACGAGAUCGCCUCCCCUCUUGUCAAAGUGUUAAAAAAAUGUUCUGUCUUACUCUGCGCCUAGCAUUGGAAAUGAAAGUGACAUUUACGCCACAACCCACGUGUGCGCCUCCUCUCUUUUUGUUUAAGGAUGAUCGGGUCUAUCCAGGAAACAGCUCUGGCAUCCCAAACUGAAAUAAUUAGGACGUAUAUAGACCUGACAAAAAUGGAAAGGGGGUGGGGAAUCUGAGGGUCUGUCUUGCCUAAUUGAUUCCGCUAAACGGAAAGCAGGAGAUGUGAACGGCAGGACGCUCCGAUUCCCACGCUCGGGGGCAAGUGGUAAAGCCUGGCCGGCAGCCUAUGACAGACAGCCCUGUUGGGGGGUAGGGGUAUGAAAAAAACAUCAAGCACACACACACCAUACUCAUCUCCAUCGCUUAAGAAAGUAAAGGCAUUUCCCACCCACAGCCAUCUGCAGCUUCCCAAAUGGCAACACCAACUGGUUGGUAGCUGCUAUGUACUGUCUCUGCUCAUUUUUAAACCUCUGUUUAAUCUGGCCAUGAUUAAAUUUGGAUUUUUCCUUUGGUUGAAAUUUUCACCAUUUAAGGAAAGCAAGUGGAAAGGUUGCCAAGAGCGCCCCAGGACUGCAUGCCCUUCUCCUCAGAGAAGUCCUCAGUAUGUGUUUAGGGCCUUGUGGCCACCUUUGGCUUUUGUUUUGGCUGUGUUAUAUUUUAAAGUCAUGUCUCAUAGCACUCAUUAUUAUGACUUACUUCAUCGGGUUGUUUACUUCCUUGUGUGACACACAGGAACUUGGCCUACUUAUGCUAAUCUACAUUCUGGAAAUAAAGCUUUAAAGUCAUCAGUCUGUAGAAAGUUGAUUACAGUCACAAUAUGUUAAAGAACUUGUUUUGUUUUAGAAUAGGCCUAACAGGAUGUGUUUUUUUGUUUUUCCUUUCCUCCUCCUCUUCCUUUUCUUCCUCCUCUUCCUCCUUUUCCUCCUCUUCCCUCUUCUUCUAAAAGUAACUAGUCCCAGCAUAAACUUUGAGGACUUGGAGAAACACUGUAGUCCUUUUUUGAAGUCCCCUGUAUUCUGUUACAUUUUAUAAGGCAAACAUUUGUAUAGGCAUUUGCACAUAAAUACAAGCAUUGCAAUGAAGAAAAAAAAUUCCAAAAUUGCUUCUUUUCUUUCAUAUGGCCUAAAUUACUGACACUCCCAAAUGCAUAAGUUUUCUUCAGGGACAGUACAUUUUUCUUUAUAAGCUUCAACUUCUUGUAAGAUUGAGACCAGAGAAACCUGUCAAGCCACUGGUAGUUUCAUUUAGAAAAGCCAAGAGACUUUAAUAACACAACUUCUCAGUUUGGCCGCUGUACACGUGCCAGAGUUUGACUGCUGUAGAGGCAAUCGAGAAGACCCUUGUUUAUUUACCUUUGAAGCACUGUUUGUGCAAACAAGCAUUCAUUGUUAAGGGCCUGUAUUCCUUUCAUUUGCUUCAUGUCCAGGGGUGCUAUUUACCUAGAACCAUUGUCUACUACAAUUAACAUUUACAUUACAAAGUGUGUGCUUUUCUUUCUCAAGGAGGUUCAAUUAAGGCAAUAAGAUGUUUGCUGGGGAAACCUAUUGUUUACUCAAAGCACUCAAUGGAGUCAAAUUACUGAAGUUUUUGCCUACAUCUUGGGUCAUUUAUGUAAAUAUGUUAACUAUAACAUCUAAGGAAAAUAAACAAUAUUAAAAUUAUGUGUUUGCCAUUGUCAUAUCCAACUUGCUUUGUAUCAUACUAAUGUUACAUAACUUAUCGAUCAAUAAAAAUACAUUUCAAUGUUA